CUGAUGGCAACAGUGCGCGAAAUAUCCAGUUAUGUACACUCGAGGAUACCCUACCGAACUCAACUCUUGCAAUUUUGCGCCCACUGAUUUUCUUUUGAGUUUUCAUCUGAUUAUCUGUCAGUUAUAAAUUAUACUUCAACUUAUUUUCGGAUAUUUUUCAUAGGUUUCAAAACAAUUAAAAUAAAACGGAGGGAGGGGAACGAGUCGACUGCCCCUUGCAAAACUAACUUGAGAAAUAUGUGAGGCUUGUACUCCUACCGCGUGCUCUCACUGACUGGCAACGUGAGACAACUGGCAACAUAACGUUUUUCAUCUCGGAGACAAAAGUAUAUGACCAUGGGGAAAGUGGAUUUAAAAACCCGUUGUAUUUUCUUUUUCAUCAUCAUCUCAGUCCAGCGGGGAUUUUCAGAGGAAUUUGUAGCACACCAGGGAGCAAAAGACAUACUUUUACAGAGAGUGAGACGCCAGAGCAAAGCAGCUAAAUCUGUGCUGAAGGUGACAGACUACCAUGUGAGGUGUUCUGUCGUGUCUCGCUAUGCCCACAUCACAAUCCAGAGCGCUGUGUGGAACCAGCUACCUGUCACCAAGGAGGCAGCCUUUGAGGUGGACCUGCCCUCUGCUGCAUUCAUCUCCAACUUCACCAUCACCUCCAAUGACAAAGUGUACAUCGCCCAGGUGAAGGAACGGAGCGCCGCCAGGAAGAUAUAUGACGCAGCCAAGAAACAAGGAAAAACAGCUGGACUUGUUGCCACCAAAGAGAGGGAGAUCGAGAAGUUCCGCGUGGCGGUGAGUGUUCCCUCGGGGACCCAGAUGUCCUUCUCUCUGUCCUACGAGGAGCUGCUGCCCCGGAGGUUGGGUCGCUAUGAACUGACCCUGGGUCUGAGGCCUGGAGGACUGGUCACUAACCUCACCCUAGACGUCAGUAUUGCAGAGAGGACAGGACUCAGCUUCAUCAAGGUCCUCCCGCUGAAGACCAGUCGACUGCUCUCCAACACUGUCACAGGUGAGUCUGAGGCUCCAGCCUCCACCCAGGUCCAGCAGAACCCUUGUUGUGCCCGUGUGCACUACAGCCCCAGCCUGCAGCAGCAGAGCAGUGCCUCUUCUAAGGGACUCAACGCUGACUACAUCAUCCAGUACGAUGUAGAACUCAGUGACCUCAUAGGGGACAUACAGGUGUUUGAUGGAUACUUUGUCCACUACUUUGCACCUCGGGGGCUUCCUGUUGUCCCCAAGGAUGUCAUCUUUGUCAUUGAUGUCAGUGGCUCCAUGAUUGGCACCAAGAUCAAACAGACAAAGCAGGCGAUGUCCACUAUCCUGGGAGACCUGCGUGAGGAGGACCACUUCAACAUCAUCACUUUCUCAGACAAGGUCCACACCUGGAAGAAGGGUCGCACAGUGAGGGCCACGCGGAGUAACAUACGAGACGCUAAGGACUUUGUCAAGAGGAUCAUCGCUAAAGGAUGGACCAACAUCAAUGCAGCCCUCCUCUCAGCCGCCCAGCUGGUCAACCCUCCCUCCUCCUCCGGUGGCACCCGCCGGGUCCCUCUGAUCAUCUUCCUGACGGACGGUGAGGCUACCAUCGGCGUGACAUCCGGUGACUUCAUCCUGAGCAACGCUAAGAGCGCCCUGGGGGCCACCUCUCUGUUCGGUCUGGCUUUCGGGGACGACGCCGACUUCCCUUUGCUACGACGCCUGGCACUGGACAACCGCGGCGUGGCCAGGAUGGUGUAUGAGGAUGCGGACGCCGCACUCCAGCUGAAGGGAUUCUACGAUGAGGUGGCCAGCCCGCUAUUGUCAGACAUCCAGCUGACCUACAUGGACGACCAGGCCUUUGACGUCACACGCUCCCUCUUCCCUAACUACUUCCAGGGCUCCGAGCUGGUGGUCACUGGGAAGGUCAAGCCAGGGGUCAGGGACCUGAAGGUGUCUCUGACGGCCAGUGGCUCCAAGCAGAAGGUGAAGGUGGAGAAUGAGGUGUUGGUGUCUAAUGGAGAGGGGAAUAGGACAGUGCUCUCUAUGGGCUGCCCUGGGGGCAUGGACGGGAUCCCCAGCUUCGUACGGCGUCUCUGGGCUUACUUCACUAUCAAAGAGCUGCUGCUGGCCAAACUGAACACCACUGACUCGAACAUACAGAAACUGCUGGGAGAGAAGGCCACCAACCUCUCCCUCAAGUACAACUUUGUCACACCUGUUACUUCCCUCGUUGUAGUCAAGCCUGAUGCCGAUGAAAUUCCUACCUCAGCGUCAACUACAACGGUUCGACCCACCACCACCACAGCUACUACAACAACCACAGUAGCCCACACACCUGCCACCAACAUAGCCUCCCCAAUCCCUGUGAAAAAUCCCAGGAUGAUCAAAGCUAAACCAGACCCUCUUGUCACAAAGCCUCCACCUCUCCAACCACCUCAACCCAGAAAGGGCUCCACCCCACCAACAAAACCCAACCCAGUGAAAACAGUGGCUCCACCAUCCCCCAAGAAAACCACUACAACUACCACCCCCAGCCCCAGUGCUGUCAAAACCGUCCCCGUCCCUCUCUCAGGGAAAAACCCUACCCCUCCUCCCAGCUCUCCUAAAACUGCUUCUGCCCCUCCUGCCAGAAUAGUCAGUACCCCCCUGCCCAACUUGCUCAAAACAGACACCGCUCCUGCACCUGGGAAAACCACCACCACUACCACCCAACGCAAAACAGUAAAGACUACAGUCCCUACAACUGUGAAAACCACUACCUCAACUACCACCACCACCUCAGUCAGAGCCGACCCAACCCCUGCUCCACAGCCUGGGAAACCCACUACGCCCCUGCCCAUCUCUGUUAGAACAGUCCUCCCGCCAGUUAGAAUAUCCCUCUCAGCCUCCUCUUCCUCAGAUAACGCCACCAUGUCUGCCGCUGAUGCCAACCAACCUCAGGUCACCACACACCUGUACAGUCUUAAGUAUGUUCCCCCUACUCUAGCUCCACAUGGCAGUAACACAGACACAGACCCAGAUGUGGACCAGAUUGCCACCUUUGUCUCUGCCACGUUUGCCCCCAUGCCAGGUGUUACAGACGGACCGAAACUGUGGGAGGCUGCAGGACUAUUGGAUGUCUCUACUUCCAUUCAGCUCCAUAGAAAAGAUAUGGAGGUGGUUAACGAUUAUGAUGCAACCUACGACUAUGACCUCGACUAUGACUCCUGGGAUGAAUCAGCAUCAAAUCCUCGGCCGGGCCCCCCCUCCAGACUGAGCUCUGUCAGAGUCUUCUCCUCUUCUGUUGAUGGAGACCCUCACUUUGUGGUCCAGCUCCCUAAACUGAAACAGAAUCUGUGUUUCACGGUGGACGGCAGGGCCAAUGAUGUACUGAGACUGCUGGAAGACCCAGAGAGAGGUAUCAUGGUGGAUGGUCAUUUGAUGUGGGCUCCGUCCAAACAAGAUGUCGAAGACCGUUCCCGUACGUACUUUGACCAGAUAACCAUCUCCACCAGGGGCGGGACAGGUGUGCUGGGCGCCAUAAUGAUCACCCUCUCAUUGGAUGCCGUGGUGGUGGAGGGGGAGGGGCGGGACACCCUACACACCAAUCAGGAGGGAUCUGUGACAAGGCAGGGCGUGAUGGUUUCCAUGGAAAGCAGAGAUGACUUCCAUCAGAGCUGUUGGAUCGAGCUGACGAAGAACAUUCAUUUCCUGGUUCUCUUCCACCACUACAAACAGCCCAGCUACCUGCAGAUGGCACACCUCGGAUUCUACAUCACUGAUGGACAGGGCCUCUCUCCUUCAACCAAAGGCCUACUGGGCCAGUUCCAGCAUGCUGACAUGCGUGUCACGCUGAUGAAGGACCCUCGUGACACACUGCGUCAGCCCAGUAAAGAGAGGGUGCUGUCCAGGGGGGUGCUGAGGUGGGGGGUGAUACACAUGCCCGUUACCCUACAGGACAAGACCCUGAAGGACACGGUGAGGAAAGGUCACCUGGGAAGUUGUUGGGUCGUGCCCAAGGCGCAGGUGGAGAGACUGCUGGGGCAUCCCUACCAGAGCUAUGUGGUGGAUCACCUGUAAAUACUCACUGGCUCUUUUCAAAUGUCCACCCUAGCACACUAGUUAGAAUACUAUACAUGCCUAAUACAUUGCUUUAUAUUAAGUGGUAUGGAGAUUGGAACCGAGACACUCAUCUAGCUAUCCCCUCCACCUCAAAGCUGGGUAACUCAGGCCAUGGGAAACUCUAAGGACAAACAGCACUGGGACUAGGGUGCUGCUGGCUAGCCUUCAAUACCAAUGUCACAUAGUGAGUUAUUACUCUCUGAGAGCACAGGUAGCAGUGUGCACGAAUGCAUAUUCAUGAUUAUGAGAGGAAAAAGAGAGACAAAUCCGAGACAGAGAAAAGAGAGGGCAAAAGAGAACAAGAGACAGAUGCAAAAGAGAAAAUGAGAGAGACCGAUACAAAGAGAAAAAUAGUGAGAGACAGAGGGAGAGUCCUGUAAGUAUGAUGAGGUAAUUCACACAGGUGUCAGACAUGAAUAAAUAAAGGAGAUGGGAUGAUGUCA